UCACCUUUACUGCUCGUUUACGUAAUAACUUCGCGAGAGAUUCUCAUCCGCGCACGUUGAUACAUUCCGGACGGCAUGGCGAAGAAUUUGAGCGCAAGAAUUGGCCCGUCGAUUUUAAACUGUGACCUGGCGCAAAUUUAUGAAGAGUCGCAAAAAUUAUUGGAUAAUGGCGCGGAUUAUUUGCACCUAGACGUGAUGGACGGUCAUUUUGUUCCAAAUCUAACGUUUGGUCAUCCGAUCGUCAAGUGUCUUCGUAAUAAAAUAAAAGAUGUUUUCUUCGAGACACAUAUGAUGGUAUCCAAACCGGAGCAGUGGAUCGAACCUAUAGCCGACGCUGGUGUAGAUCAGUAUACAUUCCACGUGGAGCCAGUAGAGGAUGUUCCUUUAGUUUGCAGGAAAGUGAAGGAAGCAGGAAUGAAGGUUGGUGUGGCACUUAAGCCAGGAACACCUGUGGAAGUAGUGACAGAUUACGUGGAUUUAGCAGAUAUGAUUUUAGUGAUGACUGUGGAACCUGGUUUCGGUGGACAGAAAUUUAUGGAACCAAUGUUAAAGAAAGUUGCAUGGUUAAGGAAGAACUAUCCUGAACUAGAUAUCGAAGUUGACGGUGGAGUUGGACUAGCUACAAUUGAAGCUUGUGCAAAGGCUGGUGCCAAUAUGAUCGUGUCUGGCACGUCUGUUAUAAAUUCUGCUGAUCAAGCUAAAGUAAUAACGAUACUUAGAGACACAGUAAAUUGCUAUUUGGGACACAAUCAUUCAACACAGCGGUGA